AUGCCUCUCGGAUGGUACCUCGCCCAGGGUUUAUACCCCCUCGGCCCAUCCAGCAGCGACGACGAAGAGGGACCCUGCGAGUUGCCCGACGGCCGAAUCGUUUGCGGCCCACACGGCCUCGUCACUUGUGGAAAGUGCUGCACAGAUUACAGCUUCGCGGACCUUAAUUCGAAAGAAGUUGACGGCUUUGCCAAAUGUGACACAGAUGAUGAGAACCCUCGUAUCAAUGAGCAGGAAUUACUCCGCCUGAGAAAGAAAAGAGGCACUGGCCAAGUCUUCCCUACCCAAUUCACUCCACCGACUGGCAGUUCAAUUAUGCCAACAGAGUUGUUUCCCAGCAAGGAAAUUUCCGCGACAGUGACCAGAUACAUCCAUCGCAACGACACCGGAGCAGUGCUCGUCUUCACCGAUGGUGCUUGUUUGAACAAUGGCAAGCCGGAUCCUAAAGCGGGCUGGGCAUUUGUACAGGGGCCGGGACGCGCGGACAAGCCGGCACUCAUAUCCGCUCGGUUGGAGAUUAAAGGGCCUUGGGGUGACGAGAGCAUUCAGAGCAGUAACCGGGCUGAGCUUCGCGCCGUCAUCGCGGCUUUGCGGUACCAAAACUGGCCCGGAGAAGGUUUCAGAACAAUAACCAUUGCCACCGACUCGGAGUACGUGGUUGAAGGAUCUACGAAGUGGGCCAAGACGUGGGUUACGAAUAAUUGGAAGACGAGCGUAGGCGCGGAUGUCAAGAACAAAGAUUUGUGGGAAAUGCUUAUGGGAGAAGCUGAGAAGUGGAAGGAUCAAGGGCUCUCUAUCCAAUUCUGGAGAAUCCCGAGAGAGUGGAACGAGGUUGCGGACGAAGCUGCGAAGAAGGCUGCCUCGGAGUUUGAGGAUAUUGAUGGGUGGACGGAUUAUUUGGCGCGCCGUUGA